GUUGCACCCGAUCUGUCAACGACAUGGCGUUCGUCAAUGCGGAGCGUCGAUACUUCUCUCAUAGCGAAGGAACAAAUUUAAUUUUCCCAAUCUAUUUCUGCGUCAAUUGAGCAUAUUUUCUUAAUCGAAAAUUUAAGCGAGCUUCAAAAUAAAUAUUUACCUCCUCGCCUAUGAAAAUCCCUUCUCGGAAUAGGAGAGAAGCGAAAGAAGAAGAGCAAUCUACACACGUGUUGACAAACAAAAUAACUGGUUAUAAAUUAAACUGGAAUACGUUUAAUUUUUAUAGAAAAAAAGGAUGCUUGUACGUUGCAUUGCUGAUGGAUGUGAAAGCACCACUGAUGUUAAGAGAAAUUCUUACGCAGUGCAAGAAUUGAAGAAAGUAGAUAAAAUUACAUUUCACACAUUUCCUUCAGAUCCUGUCAGGAGAGCAGAAUGGAUAAGGAUACUAAGACUUGAAAACAAAAUUAUUAAUAUGAAAAGUCGUGUGUGUUCUCUUCAUUUUGAGGAAAAAUAUAUGGAUCGUAUAUCCUAUUUCUAUCCAAAAUUGAGAAAAAAUGCCGUACCACAUAUUUUUGAAAAAAUAUACAAUAUGGAUACAGACAAAACAGUAUUAGCAUCGCCAAAGUUUUUAAACACACGACUGAGGGUAAGAAGUGAUCUCGGACAACAGCCUGCCACUUUUUCAAAAUGUGACAAAGAAACGAACACUACGCUUUCCUUAUUACCAGAAACGCGGAAAACAACUGAGGACAAGGAAACGAGGAUCUCGCCUGAAAGAGUAUGGAGUAUGAAUUUUUCACACAUGGAAGCAAUUAGGAAGGAGAGUGGCACUCAGGCUAAACAGUUACGCAAAAGGAUAACAAAUUUGAAGCGACAAAUUUACCAAAAAGAUAAGAAAAUUUCCGAUAUGAAGGCAAUUUUGGGCGAAUUUAAAGUAAAAACUUAGCGAAUUAACGCGAAAGCUAUAUGUCUCGAAAUAUUCUCGUUUUCUGUUGAAAUUUUUCUUACUUUCUAAUAGAAUGUAUAUUUUUCUAUUCUCGAGUUCCUUAAUAUUAUGUAAAAAAUAUUUGUACAUUAGAGAAAUAUAUUAUAUGUACGAAUAUAUUGGAAAGGUGGCGAUCUUUCUUCAUCUUAGACAUUGAAAACAUUUUAUUCAGUCAGUAAGAAGCAUUCUACAUGAUGAUAAUAAUAAUCAUAGUAUAAUCCGUGUGAUAAUAAUAAAAUUAAUAAUCAUAAUAAUUCAUUCGUAAUAACCACAAUUUGUAAAUGUACAAGGUAAACUUUCUCUCUCUCCCUGUCUCACCCUUAAUUUCUCUCUCUCUCGCUCGCUCUCUCCGUUUUCUCGCAGUCUCUCUCGUUCGCACAUUGAGAAUUGUCAUUUUUUUUUUAUUUAUUAUUAUUAGUGUACGUAAUAAAUUACAGAAAAAUUCACCAAUAUGUAUCAAAUCAAACGUCGUUACUCUUCAAAGACUAUGAAUGUAGUCAAUAAAUCAUCCCUAUCAUCAUUCCGUCUCUGCUGCAAAGAUACUUCUUGAUACAUUUCUUU